AUGGCCACUGGUAUCAUCUAUAUCCUAGUCACUCUCAUCACCAUAGCCCAAGUAGUCCUUGCGUCUCCCUUAUCGUCUAGUAGCUUUGCGGCCUCAAAAACGACUACGUAUACUCUCGCGACGGCUCGUCCGUUGACAACUACUACAAACCCAACUGGCGUAAGAUUUAUAUCAACCGUACUAUUUUCUAGCAGCGCCUCCCCUACUUCUAAAGCCUUUAAAACGAAAACUCUAGGACCUACAAUACCCAAGAUUCAAACUAGCAGGAUCUCAAAGUAUCCUAGUGCUCCCUUAGAAACCUCAGUUCUAAACGAAAGAGUUAUAUCCCCAUCGUUUUUCUAUGCCUCACCGCUGGAGGUCCAAUGCAGUGAAUACGAUACAACGAUGGAUAGAUUGGAAAUGAUAAUCAGUGGUGAGAUACCAUAUAACCCUAGGAGUGGGAUUCCUUCAUCCGAAUGGGCUGCUGCUGUAAGGGAGUUCAGAGAAGUUGUAGAAAACCUGGAACACAUGUGGGAUAGCCAGUGGUUAAUAAUAAACAAGUAUCGGUACUGUUGUCUCAUUCUUCUAUGCAAUGAGAGCGGGGAUAUUAUACCAAAUCCGAAUCCGCCCAAUCCGCCCCGCACGAGAUGUGAGACCGGUGCACGGGAGCCCAAGAAAUGUACUUAUUUAAUUGGUUGCGGUUGUGUAACAGAGUUAGGACAACCAGAUAUUCAAGCUGGAGAUCCACUAGCUAUGACUCCAAUAGAACAGUUCCAAGACGCAAUUAACCGAAUACCUGGAAGAAUUCGGAGAUACCACCCAACAUGGGAGUGGACUGUAGCCCCGGUCGUAGCGACACAUCCGGGACAAACACUUGGGUUCGCGCGGGGGGGCGCGCGGGGCGCCGGAGCUGUGAACGUAGCUCCAUCGGGGGAACCUCCAUUCUAUCUAGAGUUUCCGGAGGAAGGGUCGCCGCGUGGUGCUCAAAGCGAUUCAUUUAUGAAUACCUUUUUUGAUUUUGGGAGGUGGGAUCAGGAUCGUGGGCCUGGGGGGUAUGGGAAAGGGAGGGGCCCUGGGUUCAAGAAGAGAGGGCUGCUGCCGGAUAGAAUAUUUGAGAUGUCAAAAUAUGAAGAUGACCAUCAUGUGCGAGAAGCCAGUGAGGCUACGGCGGCUAGCGGGGAAUUGGCCGCUGAGGAGGACUAG